GAUCCCACCUUUGCCUAUUUAUUUCCACCAGUUACGUAUCGCCAAUUCCGUAGGGAAGGAGAUCCUUCGACGAACGCGUAGAUAUAUAAAAGGCGUCCGUCACUUCGAUCUCUCAUACUAUUAAAUCCAAUCGUCUCUUACGAACUGGCAGUAAAUAUGAAGACAACGUUCCUUUGUAUUACCGUUCUCGCGGUAAUCGUGGUUACUUUGGCACAGGAAUCAACGUACACCACGAAAUUUGACAACAUCAAUGUGCAUGAAAUUUUGCACAAUGAUCGGCUACUCAAUAAUUAUGUCAACUGUUUGCUCGAUCAAGGUCGUUGCACUGCUGAUGGUGCCGAAUUGAAAAAAAGUUUGCCAGAUGCUUUAGAAACUGACUGUUCCAAAUGUUCCCCGAAGCAAAAAGAAUUUGCUGAAGAAGCUAUGAAAUUCCUGUCCCAUAAUAAGAAGGAAAUCUGGGAGAAACUUCUUGCCAAGUAUGAUCCUGAGAAGAAAUAUAGAAAUAAAUUUGAAGAUCGUGCGAAGGAAGUCGAUAUCAAGAUCUAAAGAAGAAUUCGAAUAUAUAAGAUGAAGAACGGAAAAAUGGAAAUGGAAAUAUGAUAGAGCGAGAUAAAGAUAGAGAGAAAAAUAAGAAAAGUAUGAUAAUUUGUGCCAAGGCAUAUUAUUGACAAAAAAAAAAUAAUAGUAAAUAUUUAUUCGUGUAUAUAUAUAUAUAUAUAUAUAUAUAUAUAUAUAUAUAUAUAUGAAUAUAUACAUAUAAUUAUAUUUCAUAAAAUAAAAUUUGAAAAAUCAUAUUAGUUAUAAAAAUUCGAUAUUUACUUGUUAUGCAUGAUGUAAAAAUUAUAGUUAUUAUAAUAAAUAAACUAUCAUUUUUACUAUAA